AUUCGUCAAAAUUCCAGGUUUACGAAUACCCAACUCGCGGUCCUUCCUGGGGUGAUCGAAUCUUUCCAUCAUGGUCGUGGGUAACGAAACGAAAUCUGUCACACUGGCUUCCUAUUAUCCGGCUACGCUAAAUCCAAUAUUUAUGGGAGCACAUCCCCCAACUCGUUAUGAUUUCCCAUACGAUUCGAGCGCUCAACGAGUAACCUAUUUUCAAAAUUAUCGAAAUGAAACAUUGUCACGGUUCGUGAUGCCACCUUACGAUUGGGGAGUACAAAAAAGUCCGUACAGCCCCAAGCCCGAUAUCGUGGCCGGUGUCAAAGGUCGGAAUUUGGAUCGAUUGCUCGCAGUACCAUUCAACGAUAUCGAGACAGUUGAUUCGGUGCGACUGAAAGAAAUCGAUGAUUUCUACAAGGUACUCGUACUAUCUUCAAUAAUAGCGGCCAAUUUUUGGCCGAAGGAAAGCCUCCGAUAG